GGAAACAAGGGUUAAAUUCUUAUUGGUGGCUUUAGUUCUCAUGACUUUAGCUAAAGCUCAAUUCAGAGAUAAUUAUAGCAUCACAGCAGUGAACACAACUGCUACCAGCAAUGAGGAUAUUUCAAACUGCUCCUGAGACCUUACAGUUGGAAGUUGUGAUGUCUCAUGUUGUUGUGAUACAGACUGCCCUGCUAGCACACUUAAGUUAUGGGAAGCAGAUGCAACCUCUUUUUGUAACUCUGUCAUAUUUGAAGAACUCAAGCCUGAAACUAGGUGCAUGGAUAAGGAUUACAUUGCAUUGACAAAUAAAAGAAUGGGAAUCUCAAUUGAUGAUAAUGACAGCAAGCCUCAAAUCUGUGUCAGUCGUGAUGAUUCAGAUGAUGAUGAUAGUUUCAGUGAAAUCAAAUUUGAUCCUCUGAACUCCACUGAAGAUCUAACAAUUUUCAAUAGAUGGUUCGACUGGAUUGAUACUUCCGAUGAUCCUGAAGUCUACACAUCAGAUGGUUUUACUCUUUAUAACAAAGGAGAUACCAUAAAAAGAAUUGAUACAACAAGAGGACUUUUCCUUGAUCUUAAAUUCCCUUCAUUAGGAUCUUACGGAAACUGAGAAUUCAAUUCUCAAGCUGUAUUCGGUGUUGAUUCUGAAUUUACAUGAUAUUAUAAGUUGACUAGUGUUACAACAGAAUGUCCAGCAUUCUUUAGCUCUCAAUAUUACAGCAAUCUUAAAAUUUGUACCGGAAGGGGCUGCUUGAGAAAUGUGUCUAUCACUACUCCUAGUACACAAACACCAGCUACAGCAGGAACCGAUUGUGCUAAUAGAAUUACUUCACUUGAGUUUACAUACAAAUUAACUAAUUUGUCUGCAAAUGGAUUUUUGAUUUCAAAUGUACAGAUGGCUUAUGAUACAACCACUGGUACUCUUGCAGAUGGCGAAGUUGCCGAAUUGAAAGUAAAAACAAAGUUUAUCAGCAAUACUGGAACUCCUGUUGAAAAAUCAGGGAAUCCUGGAUACUUGUCUGGUGAGAAACUUCUUGUUAAAUUACAAUCUGGGACAACUGUUGGAUAUUCAAAAGAAAUUUCAGAUUCAGCAAAUGGAAAAUGAAUUCAAGCUAUUACUCAAACAAACGUAAACAUUGACUAUCUUACUUUUAAUGAAGUUAUAAACUUACAAUGAGAUGUAACAUUUGCAGAUUCGGCAGCUCUUCAAUCUGCAUGAACAGCUACUGACUACACCCAAUAUUCUGCAUUUAACCAAUUUGAUCAGUUUGGAAGUUACGGAGAUGCUGAGGUGACGAACAAAUGGACGAAUAUCAUCACAGCCCCAGCAAGCACAGCUCCUUCUUUCUCAGGCACGACAUGAUCAAGCAUGAUCACUGGAGUUGAGUACCAAAUCCUCUACUCUAGGAAGGGGUACAAAAACGACUUGCACUCUUACAUAGUGGCUAUAAAACCCCAAUUAUUACAAAAAGAUGUAACAUUUGUAAGUGACACCACUCCUGUGCAGUACAGAGUAGCAUUUACUUAUUACUAUGUGGAGCCAUAAUAGUUUUCAAUUCA